GAUGUAAUACGACGUUGGCUAGGGUAGCUGUGGCAACGAGAUGUUGUUUAAUAUUAGCUAUUCGUGACGGUUUCAGUCAAAUUGAUCAACUGUACCGAUUGACGUAAAUAGAAAUUAAGAAAUUGCCGUUUUCGGAAUAACUUGAGCGCUCCCGUUUCAUUAUGGCUACGCUUAAGCCGUUAGUCGCUGUUCCUCCUCCUCCUUCUAGGUUUACGUUGAGAGAAUGGGAUUUGAAUAACCGCAUACGACUUCGGUCCACACAAGAUCAGCAACAUCUAGCAGAUAGGAUUCUUUCAGAAUCCCGACGAGUGUGCGAUGAGGCGAAUGAAAUCACGAAACUAAAUAAAAGUGAAGUCGACCAAAGGCUUAAGGAAAGAAUUGAAGACAUACAGUUUAGAAAGAGGGAGCUUGAACGAGAAAGAAAUGAGUGCUGUAGAGAGGAAGAAGCGUUAGUGACGUAUCAAGAAAGAAUUUUAGAUGAAAUGGAGGCACUGAAGGAGAAAGCCUUAAAAAUUUGUUCCCAGUGUAUUAUCAUGCGUGAAUGCCGCCUGGGAAUAGACUUGGUUCGCGAUGAUGUGGAGGUGCAGCUACAAAAAGAAGCAGAUACCAUUAAUGGCGCGUUGUCACUUCUGCAGCGAACUUUGGAACAAACCAAGGAACAGAUACGCUCCCUACGUUCUACGGUGUAUUUUAUCGAUCGUGAUCACGAGGAUAAAAGCAGAUCGUUGGAGAUAGAUGAGGAAUGCAUGAAAUUAAAAGAAACUAAUCUCAACUUGAGCAUGUAUCAUGGAUAUUCUCGUUUAGAUGCAGGAACGGUGUCUGCUGAGGAUUGGCACAAUUUCUCGGGUGAAAAUAUUUCGCGUGCAGCGAAAGAAAUAAACACUGCCCGCCCUUUGCGCGUUUAUGUCGACACGAUAUUGAAGCAAGUGUGCGCCGAUUUGCAGAAACAAUGUGAAAUAACAAACGAAGCAUUUCGACGCAGAAUAUCUGAAACUAAAGCUGCAAAACGGAAACUUGAGAAGGAGCACGCAGAAACUGUGAAACGUGCAAAUGAAAUGAUGAGAAACAUCACUAGCAUUGAAAAGGCUAUUGCGGAGAAAGAAGGAUUUGUGGCUCUAGCUCACACCAGAUUGGGGAAACGAGCUGCAAGACCUGGAGUAGAGCUAACAAGGGAUGAAGUAGAAGCACGCUUGGUAGUGGAACUUAAAGACUUGGAAAGAACAGUAGCACUAUUGCAAAUGCAAUUAGCAGAGGCUCAAGCAUCUCUCAGAUACCUACUAAAAACUCAAGUUCAAUUAGAAGAAGAUAUCAACAUUAAAACCAAUUCACUUAAAAUUGAUGAAGUUGAUUGCAUGACGUUGCGUGAAAGCAUGGAUUACCGCGCAUAUUGAAUCAUUAUUUUUCCUUCAUGGACCUGUAAAAUAGAUUUGAAUGGGUCUCUCACAAUACUGCAAUGGGAUACUGAUUUUGAUAUAAGGUCAAAUUUUGUACACAUAACUGUCAAAUUUAUUCUGUAAUUACAUACCUGACAUACAUGCAAGGCAAAUUACAAUAAUGAAACAUGAAUUAAUUGAUGAUACAAUACUAUCAUAUAAUACUGAGUAUUAUACAUAUAUAUAUCCACAUAUUUAAAUGUACAAGCAGAUUCAUUCUACACCAAGUUUUUAUACCAUUAUUACUUUUUUAGCAAAAUAGUUUAUAAAAAAAUACAUUUUUGAAUGAGAAUUCCAAUAUUGCUAAUUUAAUUUUACUACAGUAGUCAAAUGUAUGACAAAUUAUAAGCCUUUGUUUUAAUGACGUAUUUUGUAACCUCUUUGCAUGGCUGGAAAGUUUCAUCUCUUGUAGUUUUUAUAUUAGAAUAAUUGUAGGUAAUUAAAAAGUAUAAUAAUAAUAAUAACAACAGUAAUGAUAAUUCUGCAAUAACAUUGUACUGUCACUGCAUGCAAGAUUUCUUAAAUAUAAGAAUUCAAGAGAUUCUGAAUUUGAAAAUGAUCACAUUUAAUUUUCAUUUCAAUAUUUUCUGAUUGUUACAAAAAGGAUUUAGUGAAUAACAUUAAAAUAUCAUUUUACAUUCCAAAAACAUUUUCAAGAUAUAGAUUUCCACAAGAUGUAAUUUAUAGGAUGAGAUGGAAAAUCUCCUAGGAUACAGCAGUAACAUCUAUCUAAUGGACAGAUUCAGUGACAUUUACUAGCACUAUUAUUUUGUUUUACUUUGUGUUAUAUAACUUGUUUUAUAAAUUCAUAAGUUUUUGACACACUGGCCUGUUUGGUUACUAUUAAUUGUCAGUCAUUAAUGUGGAAAACAAGUAUUGUUCAGCAUAUCCUAGUAAUUAUGAUAAUUGAUCCAAGGAUGAGGUCAAUGUGUCGUUUCAUUAGUAUUUAAGUCGGUAUGAUUCUUUUAAAUUAAGAAGUUUUUCAAUUUCAUUCUUUGAGGAAUAAAAAGGUUGCUUCUUUUGGCACUCAUGUAUAGUAUUUGUGACACUAUUAAUUUUAUCAAGCACAUCUAUAAAUAAUAUCUGUUUAAUGUAACGAAUUAGAGGCAAUAGUAAUACAUCAAGUUUCAGGCAACUCAUUACGAAAAACAAUUUAUUUGACGAGAAAAAACAAAUUAAUUACUUCCAGAGAUGUGCUAAAUAUUGGGGUAACUAAAACAAGAUUUCUCCCUCUGAAGGGAUAUUUCCAAAUUUACAAUAAGAGUUGUGGGUCACUUUUACUUGCAUGUACACAUAUAUAUUAAAAUAUGUGAUCCUAAAGUCAAAUCAGAUAAAUCUGAUUUUCUUGCAAAUUCUUGUGUUCUAUUUCCAUUGAACUCCAAUAGGAAAUAAAGACAAACAUUCUUUACUAAUUUAAUUUGUUGUUGAAAUUCCCAUUAAAGAUAAUUUCUUAUAAAAUGAUAAGUUUCCUCACAACACAAAAAAAUGCAUGCAUUUUAAAUUUAUUAUAAACUACCCAGUAAUUUUUUAGCAAAUAAUGUUUCACUGUAUUUUGAGAUUUUCAUGUUACUUGAAAUAAAUCUGUCAAGAACUGCAUUAGAAAACUUAUGCCUUUUUGAGACCAAGAAGAAAGUAUUUUUUAAAGAGAGAAAACACCAACAAAAUCAAACAACCAAACUCCUACAGGCACUAGAUUUAUAACUAAUAGUAUUUAUAUUUUUUUCCCAACCUUACAGAGAUAAGCAAUUAAAAAUUCUGAAAAAUUAAAUAUAACACAUUAAUUAAGCAAUGUCUGAAUAAGAAGUUGCAAAAAGAAUCUCUGCAGUAAUAAAGUACCUAUGUGAUAAUAGCUACUUCACCCUUGAAAAGUUCUCAUUAAACACCCUUAAAACUUUAUAAUAGCCUACCUGAAAUGGUAUCCAGUGAUCCUUGCAAAAAUUGAUCAAUUACAAUGCUCAAUUGCUAAAUUUGCCCCUAAGCACUAUAAUUCUUGGUUUCUUUGGAUAUGCCCGACUCCAUUAUGUACUCGUUUUAAUCAGUUACUAAGUUUAUUAUUUUGACUGUCCAAGGGGCCAGAUAAUUCUAGCAAUUCAUUUCAAAAAAUUAAAAAUUGAUAGCUACUUAGCCUUUAAAAUAGAAAAGGUGUUUUAUAACAAAUAAUUCAAAAGGUAUCAUAGGCCAUGUAAAAUUUAAAAAUAAUUUGAUAAAUUUAAAUAAAAACUGGAAGAAAUGUUCCAAAUAGACAUCAAUAAACAAUCAGUAUUUUAAUUAGACUAAUGAGACAUAAAGAAAGAUUUUCAGAUUUCUCUUAGCCUCCUAGAUGCUGAUGAGGCAAACUAACUUCCUUCGACAAUUAUUGAAAAUACAUGUAUGUGUCUACUAUUAAUGAACUGCCAAAACAAAAUGGAAAAAAAUACAUAGUACAUUACUAAUGCAUGACAGAUUAUGAAAACAAAAAUUCAGACUUUUAAAUUAAAGAAUGAACUAACAGAGCUCAUUUCAAAAACAUUUCUUUUUCUGCUACUCUGAAUAAUAAACUGAAUGUAAUUUGUACAAGAGUACUUUUCAAACAUUAACUGUAAUCAAUACUUGUACAUACAGUGUCUUUUCUGAAAUAUUAAUUGAAAAAAUUGUUUUCUGUGAGCAAAGUCACAAGUUUUCAUUCACUUCAUUUUAUACAGUACACAUUUCUGAUUAUACUAUACAAUGUAGGCACAAUAAAAUUAUGUUUAUUACCGAAUAACAUCCAUAUUUUAAAUUAUAAAUACUUUUUAAUAUCUCUCACAAGAACAACUUAAACUUUCAAAUAAUUAAAAGACAAAGUACAAAUACGAAGUAUGCUAGAAACAUCAUUUUGCAACACUAUGAUAAACUAACAUCCAUAGCUACACCUUUAAUAUAAUUCUCAUACAUCUCUUGCAUCAUCAGUAAUUUUCAUCUUUUUAAUGUUAGUCAUAUCUCUUUGUUAGGUUUAUUUACAUCAGCACAUGUUCCAUACAUAUACAAAGUAGAAACCUCUCUAGUCAAAGGGCAUAUCUAAUAAAAAUAAUGUGUUUUUACAAUUCAAACAAAUCUUCCCAUUACAACAUUGAGAAUUUGUUUUGUGCUUAUACAACAGGUCCUCUCUUAUAAUGAACUGAAAACUGCCACUUUCCGGGUGGAGCUCUCAGAAUAUUCAGUUUUAUUUCCAGUUCGCCCUUUUCAAGAGAAGUACAACUAGAAGAAACUGAAAAGAGAACAAUUUUCAAAGUUCACGAGGAAGCAUGAGGAAACGCACUCUCACGUCAGCAUCUUGUGGAUACUCUUCUUCCUUCUCGGUAUUGGGAACAUAAUGCGUUCCACAGAAUCGCUUAAAAAAGCGUCCAACAUCCACAUGGUUUAUCUUUAUUGGAUUCACGGCCACUUCUAGAUUCUCUGCAUGACAAAAGUUAAUAUCAUUAGAUGGGUGAACUCAACAUAGGAAAUUAAACUUAAACACCUUCAGGUUGCUGCCUGUAGAAUCUAUGAGCUCCGAUAGGUUGCUUUAAAUUAUGAUGCCCAUAGAAUCUACAGGCACUUGGUUAUAUAAGCCAUUUACCCCGUUCGCUGACUAUUCAUGAAAGAUCCAACAUACAUAAAGAACCUAAAUACACUGUUAGAUUUUGUUUGCUGCCAUUUAAAUGGUAAUAAAUAGCUUUGGUAUGCACAAAUGAGCAUGCUCUAUACAUUGAUGUCUAAGUGCUAUUCAAAAUUACCAUACCAAAGCCAAUUAUUGUGAAUAAAAUGUAAAGUUUUCUUCAUUAUGACAAUAGACCUAAUGUAAUGUUAUGUACAAUGUUCUAAAAUUAACUGGAUUUGUAAAAAAAUAAUUAAAAUUAACAUGUUAAACUUUUUAUAGGCUCAAUUUUUUGUGUUAUUUAUAUUUAAAAAAUUCCAAAUUAUUAAUGUAAACAAAAAAGUUUGGAACUUCAAAUAAAAGAACAAGAAUGUUGCUUUAAAAAAAUCUUGCUUCUCUUAUUAUUAGUUUAUAAGAUAUGACCCUUCAAACACAUCCCAAAACCUUA